GGAGGAUAAUAUACACACUUUUCGGAGCGCGCUAAUUUCUCACAUCGAAAUACAUAUUUAAAAUCAGAAAUCAACGAAGGACGCAGGUCAGGUGUGACGUGGCUGCAAUUAGAAGAAUUUUUCCGUUUUCGAGUUUUUGACAGUUCGCUCCAGGUUUUUGUUUCAAAUCCUCCAGGACUGACCAAAACUCUUUUUUUGGCCAUGGCUGAGACGGCAGCGGCCCCCGCGUCCAAACCCAAGAAGGCGAAAAACGCCAAGAAAGCGACGUCGCAUCCCAAAUACUCCGACAUGAUCAAAGCGGCCAUCGUCGCCGAUCGGAGCCGCGGCGGCGCGUCGCGUCAGUCCAUCCAGAAGUACGUGAAAAAUCACUACAAGGUGGGAGAUAACGCCGACUCCCAGAUCAAACUCGCCCUCAAGCGCCUGGUGGUCAGCGGGCUCCUACGUCACACCAAGGGCAUCGGAGCUUCGGGCUCCUUCAAGCUGGCCAAAGCGGAGGAACCCAAGAAGCCCGAGAAGCCCAAACCGGCGCCGGUGAAAGUCAAGAAGCCAGCCAAAGCCGCCCCCAAACCCAAGAAAGCUCCCAAGCCCAAGAAAGUGGCGAAAUCCCCCGCGAAGACCAAGAAAGUCGCGGAGAAAAAAGUGAAGAAGGUGGCCGAAAAGAAGAAGUCGCCCGUCAAAGCCAAGAAAGUUGCCAAGAAGGCGAAGGUGGCCAAACCGGCCAAGGCGAGCAAAGCGAAGAAGGUGAAAACGGCGAAACCCAAAUCAAAAACAGCGGCCAGGAAAACGGGCAAAAAGAAGUAAACAAACUCCAUUCCGACGGACUGACUUGGUGUAAAUACACUUUUGAAGCAAAUGUUUUUUUGGUAUAUUGUUAUUUUUGUACGGGGUCUUUGUGCGCGGGUUUUCAACCCGACAUUUUCAGAAACUUUUUUUGUGCACAAUCA